CUCCGAAUGCGGGGAACAGCACGACUCUCUAGCGGGGCAGCUCCACGGCGAAACAGAUUCUGCAAGUGGCUCCAGCUGCUUCAUGGACACGUGUUUUUUCCCGCCGCAUGGGGACCCUACACCUACCGGAGCUACCACAGGGAACUACAACGGAACCAGCGCUAGCUGUAGCGGUUUCAAUACCUCCUCCGGCACCGGAAGAUCCUCUUCGUGCUGUUCCGCUAGUGAAGAUAACGCUUGUAGUUCCACCAGCAUGAUCUCAUCUGGGGAUAGUGAAGAAGAUGACCGCCCACGACCUCUGCCGCAAAAUUUGCUGCUUGGAAAUUACAAUGGCGGCGCUGCGUCUUAUCUCCAUCGCGAAGGCUAUCUCGGGAAUUCGUAUUGGCCCACCUUCGGGGCCGCGGGCCAAAGAAGAGGGUCGCGCGAAUCAGUGGACGCUGCGAAGGACACGCUGCGCUACUGGUACGAGGGGAUGGUGCGCAGUUUCAACGAGAUGCACGGCUACACGUCUGUGACAAACCGGCGGCCGCCCCACGUGCUCUUCGAGACAGGGGGCAAGACGGAGCUAGCGGGGGCGUACCCACUCAUGAAGACACUGGCCAGGCAGGGCGUGCGAGUCACACUGCUCGCGCCUUUCGGAAAGUUCGCAAGCAGGAACUCGUCGUUGUACACAACGAAAACAACUACUUCGAAGAUCGCGGGGGCUGCUCCGAAGAUUGACGCCACUACAUCCCGGCUGUAUUCGCUAGACCCGGUUCCAAACGUUGACGCUCCGGUGCUUCCGGAGCGACUGAUGCCGGAGGAAGACCGCGGGGUUGGUGAGGACUACGAAGACCCUAUCACAUGAGGAGAAACGGGGGUCCCACCAUCCAUACCUAUUGGUCAAGUUGGGAACUUUGCAACACAAAUCCAGAAGUCAUAGGAGUUACGCACGAUAAGUUUUCGCUCUCGGUGCUGUUGUCGUGUUUUGCUAGUAGUGCAGCUGCAUCACAAGAAAUCGAUCUUUUUAUCAUGAUGAGAGCAUCACAAGUGCUUCCCAAAAAGCAUUAGAAAAUGGUUCUCAUGGGGAACAACCGCAUGCGAUGACACAUAUUAGAAGGCACGUAGAUUUGCAUAUACAACUCUCGGAUCAACACGGGGACCACGUUUUUCCGCACGAUAAACCCGGAGCAGGACCGAGUCGCGUGGGACUUUGGCCUGCCCGUCCACGAUUGGCGGGCGCUGGAGGAGGCCGGCGUCACAGUGGUGCCGUUGAAGCCGCGGGACGUGAUUCACAACUCGGGCUGGCUGUUUGCGCAGCAGGCCAAGGACAGCAAAAUUCUUCGCUGGUCGCGGGACUACAAGUUCACGGAAAAGUUCAUUGCGGAGUACAUUCUGGGGGAAAACCCGGUGGACUUCGUGAUCAGCGACUGCUACGCGGCGGGCAGCGGCGUGGCGAAAACGCUGAUGGAGACUUUGCGAGUGCCCGGCAGCAUCUGGUGCGGUAAUUUCCACGGGGCCUGGGCGGCCCGCUGGGUGCUGGAUCGCACCAUGCGCAGUUCGCCUGGCUCCAACAAGUCGCCCACGGACUUCUUUCCGACCUUUGUGCAACACUUCCUGCCGUCGGAAGUCACCAAGCAGACGGGGUCCUGCUUCCCGAAGGUACAAAUCAGGAAGGAAGUAGAGGGCGCUGCAGAUGAGAGCCUUCAUGGUAAAAAGUCCUCGUGCAGCACUUGC